UUCUCGCCUUGUUUUGUUUUGUUCCCUCUUUUCAACGGCAGAGCGCUUUUGAAUUCGCCCGCCCGUCGCCCUCCUCCGCCCUCCUCCCCCCACCUCCCCGUCUUCUUGAGCCUUCUCAAGUCUGAGGUGUUGAAGUUGAAGCAGGGAUACGACAUACGAUAAAGCCCCUCCAAGAUCCAUCCAGUGGAUCUAUCCAUUCACCCAUCCCGCCUCAAGGCUUUGGGUCUUAGCCUGGAUUCACCAUGGCCCCACCCACCGUUUCGGAGUUGGAGGCCAUGAAAUACCGUCAAUUGCAACGCGUCGCCAAAGAUUUGGGCAUCAAAGCCAAUCUACCCCGAUCUCAUAUGAUUGAGGCGAUCUUAGAAAAUCAUGAGGUCACUCAAUGUAGCCCACCCACCGUAACGCCGCAGUCUCGGGGGUCGUUCACGCCUCAGGCUGAACCCACUCCGCGAUCAGGCACGCCUAAAACCCCAUUUAUAUCCGGGUCGAUCCGGAAACGGCGGGAAUCGGUUCAGAAACAGUCGAGUUUGGGACUAACCUCGGGCCAGGGUCGCGUUUUGAAGGCCAAGAGUUCGGUGAAAAAGCCCGUGGCCCAGGCCACUCACAUCCCACGCUUCGUGUCCAAGCCCCCGCCCAAUUUCGCCAAGUUACACGAGCAACAGUUUCAGAAGAUGGAUUCCUUGGACGUGUAUUUGGGCAAGAAGGAGGCUCGCACACAAUCGAUCAAGCAACGAUUCGCUUUAGCUCAAGAAUUGGCCUCCCAACACAAAGUGGCCAUGGAUAAGGUGAAGAAGAUGACCCCCAUUGAUGCCUUGAGCGGCAAAGCGGUUCGCCGAUCGCCCAGAAACUUGACCCAGACUCAUUCGACCCACGCCCCAUCCCCGCGGAAGAGUAAUGCCAUGUUUAUUCCGACCAACACCACAGUCAAUCCGAAUCGCUUUCAAUUUGGAUCCGUCUCCUCCAACGCUGCCAAACCUUUCGUUUUUACGGCUACCCCUCAAAAAGCGGCAACACCCAAAGUUAAAACACUCCAGAACAUCACCAACACCCAGAUUGGCACGCCCUCGUCGGCCAAAAAACAUUUCGAUUUGAAAGCCAGUUUGGCCCGACCUUUGGCCUACAAACCUCACAAAGGCAAAUUGAAGACCUGGACCGAGGAGAAGAAGGCUGAACGCCAAAUUAUGAGCUCGAAAAUGAACCCCACCGUUGGGAAAACUCAAAAAAUUAAAGGCGUUCGCAUGAACAAACGGGCUGAGCUAUUACUCCAAAGACGACACCUUACCGCCCAGAAUUAGAAAUGAAUACGGCGGACCUUUUUGCAAGGUGUGCGUGUAAAUUGUUAAUAGUGUAGAUUUCCCGCCCUUCUUGUACGCUUUUGUCCUCGUGCUCUAUGUUACCGAUUCGAAAAUACACCGAUUUGUACAAUGAA